UGUAGUAUCAUGGAAACAAUUCAAGUUCCAUAUCGUUCUAUUCGUCAUAUUAUAGGCAAAAAAUACUCUAAAAUUAACGAGAUUGAAAGACGCUCAAAGGCUAAAUGCACUGUCAAGGAAAAUAACGUUUUUGAAGUGAGAGGAACUAAUGAAGCUAGAAAGAUUGCCCUUAACUUAAUCAAAGAUUGUGUCUGGAAUAGUAUUGCAGUUUAUAAUCACCCAGUAGAACCCAUUAUCGCACUUCAACCACCAUUGGCCAAACUCAAAACUGUACUAUUUUCAAAAUAUGAAGGUACCGUUGAUAAGAAUAAUAUAAACAAAUCGUACUUCAUUUUAGAUAAAGGAAAAGAAAUGAGCGAAGAUGAUCAACUAUCUUUAUUAUUUGGAAAUCUUAAUCUUGAGCAGGCCAAAGAUAUCAUUGCACCUGGAAAAGAUAGAUUUUCAGUAGAUUACAUUACCAAACGGAUAAUAGAACAAACUAUCAAGCAAGGUAGCAAGUCUCUUGACUUCAAAGUUAGAGUUAAUAUCGGCAAGCAACUCUUUUAUCCGGCAAAUCGAGAAGUUUUGGAUCUUCCAGAAUCGAUUCCUCUCCACGAGCUCCUUAAAUAUGAGAUCGGUUAUAAAAAAGAUGCUAAAACUACUUUUAUGAAUCAUAUAUCCUUGGAAGUAGCAAAGAUUAUUGAAAAUCGCCUAGUUGAAUUGGAAUAUCAAAAAA